AUGCUCAGCCUCCCGACUGCCAGAACACGGAGUGCCUGGUGGACGGGGAGUGCAACGCGGAGGACCGAAUGUGGAGAUGAGGCUCGCGGCCCACGCGAGGAGAGCAAGGUCUGCGGAGUGGACAAGCGCCCGCUGUUGCCCUGCGCCCUGGCCUGCUCCACCCUGGCCAGCUUGGCCUUCGUGCACCAGAUCGAGUUCCGUCUCGUCGAGCAGGCGUUUUACCGCCCCGCGCUCGUCGAGUACGUUGUCCUGGGGCUGCACGCGGUGACCAUGGUGUGCAUGGCGAUCACAGCCUUCAAGGACCCGGGCCAGCUGGAGCCUGCAGCGGACAGGGCGUCGGCGGCACUGAUGUCCGCGGAGCCCAGCCCUGCCGACGACGGGCAGGCCUCGGCGGGUGCGGGCGCCUUGCCGCCCCGCGCGCACAAGUCCUGGAUGUACGCCCGCCCCAUCCGCAGGUAUGACCACUAUUGCCGAUGGGUGGUCAACGUCAUCGGCUUGUCGAAUCAUCGGGAAUUUAUAUUGAUGGUGACUGGCCUGGCGCUCAUCUGCGUCUCUGGCUUUCUCAUCGACGGGUGGCUCGCGUACCAUUUGUUCUGUCACGGAGUCGACAGAACUCUCCUGACCUGCGUGGGCUUACACGCUUGCUACCUCACGAUCUUGGGGUACUGUGUGAUGCCCAUCUUCAGGCUGCAUGUCGGCUUCGUCUGCAGGAACGAGCUGGCGCAGGAGUGGAUUCGCAACACUUUCUAUGUGUUGCAGCACAAGACGACCGGAGACUGGAUCUCCGUCAACGAGCUCUCGGACGACGACUACAACGAGAGGCUCGAGACGGCGGUCUACGACAAGAGCCUGAAUCAGUUCGACCAAGGCUGCCUCCACAACUGCGCCGUUUUCUGGUGCACGACCCGCUGGAGUUCGCAGCAGGACGGCGCGUUCUGA